UCUCUUGACAAGAGCCGCCGGACGGAGCUCGUCUUCUCCACACUUAAAAUCUCGCCUUCCCGAGAGCAAAGGGAGGGUCGUCAAAGCGCUCAGUUCCAGCUCGCGGGGCUUUCUCAGCACGGCCCCGGAGGAGAGUCGCCUUCGCUCAGUGCAAAUUACCGCCCCGGAGUUCCUAAACUUGGCGUUCGCUCUCUUUCGGGCUGCUUUGCUCCUUCGACGGCCGACGGGCGCUUUAGUCUCUAGCUGCCCACCAGCUGCCUCCGCCUCCGCCUCCGCCCGGGACGUUUCGGCAAGACCGGCGAGGUAGGGAAAAGAGAACAGGCGGGGAGCAAGAGGCCCCGAUCUGAAGGCUCGCCGCCGCGGUUUUGCUGAGCUGAACUGGAAGGAGAAGGAGGAGGAGGAGGGUAGUAGGUGAGGCUGGUCGUGCCGGCUCCCCUCCCUCCUUUUCUCCCUCCCUCUUUCUCUUCCCCACCCCGAGCAGAUCCAUCCUUCCAGAGGCGGCACGGUCUGCCUGCCUGCCUCCCUCCCUGGGGAGGGCAGCUCGGGAGAGGCGAUCGGGCAAAGGUGUAGUAGCCGCUCGCCUCUUCGCCAGAAGCGGGGCGCUGCCUGCCUGCCUGCCUGCCUCUCCUCGGCCUCUCUCACCUGCUCCUGCGGCGGCAGCGGGGCAGAGGCCCCUGCCCGGACUCGCCCGGGCUCCCGGCCAACGGUGCGAGGCUCGCCUCUCCUUCCCACACAAGUGCCCGCGCUCUGCCCGGGAUCGCCUUCGCCCGCCCCAGCCUGCCUGUCGCCCAGCACAGGGGCUGAUCAUGCUGGGCACCCGCCGCGACCGGCUGCUCAUCCUGCUGCUUCUCGGGGCGCUGCUCAGCGCCGAUUUCUACUUCCACCUCUGGCCCCAAAUGCGGCGCCGCCUCGGUCCGGCCGAGACGGUUGAGCCACGCUGCUCUUGCCCCGCCGAAGCCGCCGCCGCCGGUGCCGGUCCAAAGCUCCGGACUCGGCCGCACGCCAGCGCCUCCGCCAACCGGAGCAUCCAGGCCAAUCACUCCAAGCUGAGGAGGCUCUUCGCGCACCCGCUCUACAGCGCCCCCGAGAGGCCGGCGGAAAAGCUGCUCAACGGGCAGGAGACGCUGCGCUACUACCGGCGGAAAAUAGCCCGCUGGAACAGAAGACACCAGGUUUAUAGAGAAGAGCGCAACCUAACCGUGGGUUCAGUGGUUCAGCUCAGACACGAGGCAAGCUGGUUUCAGUUCCACCUGGGGAUCAACCGCCAUGCCUUAUAUCCACGGGCCAGCCCUAUGGUGGAUCAACUCCUUAGGGACACACAGAAGUUUAGUACUAUCAGUGCUGAUUACAGCCAGGAUGAGAAAGCUUUGCUCGGGGCCUGUGACUGCUCUCAAAUUGUAAAGCCCAGCGGGGUGCAUCUGAAACUUGUUUUGCGGUUCCAAGACUUCGGGAAAGCCAUGUUCAAACCAAUGAGACAGAAACGAGAUGAGGAGACACCAGAAGAUUUUUUUUACUUUGUUGACUUUCAGAGACACAAUGCAGAGAUCGCUGCCUUCCACCUAGACAGAAUCCUGGAUUUCCGUCGCGUCCCUCCAGCAGCUGGGAGAAUGAUUAAUGUCACAAAAGAAAUUUUAGAAAUCACAAAGAAUGAAAUUUUACAAAGCGUCUUUUUUAUUUCCCCAGCCAGCAAUGUCUGCUUCUUCGCGAAGUGUCCUUACAUGUGCAAAACAGAAUAUGCCGUCUGUGGAAACCCUCACCUCUUGGAAGGUUCCCUCUCGGUUUUCCUGCCUUCUCUCAACUUGGCACCACGGAUCUCCAUCCCUAAUCCAUGGAUCCGAUCCUACACCUUUGCAGGAAAAGAGGAGUGGGAAGUAAAUCCUCUCUAUUGCAAUACCGUGAAGGAGAUUUAUCCUUACAGCAGCGGCAGCCGUCUACUCAAUAUCAUUGACAUGGCCAUAUUUGACUUCUUAAUAGGUAACAUGGACCGCCAUCAUUAUGAGAUGUUUACGAAGUUUGGAGAUGAUGGUUUUUUGCUUCAUUUGGAUAACGCCAGAGGAUUUGGGAAACAUUCCUAUGAUGAGAUCUCCAUCUUGGCUCCACUUAAACAGUGUUGCAUAAUAAAGAAGAUCACCUUGUUACGGCUACAGCUUUUAGCCAAGUCAGACUACAAGCUGAGUGAUAUCAUGAGGGAGUCCCUCCUUCAAGACCGUCUUGCCCCCGUGUUGACUGAAGCCCACCUUCUGGCGUUGGACAGGAGGUUACAGAUUAUCCUGAAAACUGUGGAGAAAUGCAUAGAGGCCUUUGGAGAAGACACUGUUGUAGCUGACACAAAGCCUUUGGAACCUGUGGCUUUUGACAGAAUGACAAAGCCAAGCUAGAGUCAAGAGGUGUGGGGGAGAAAACUAGAACCUGAACUUGAACUUGAUUGCGCUUCCUUAAUCUGGACAUUAGGACGUGGGAGGAAGGCAAUCACGGCAGAAUCAGGGAACCACUGGGUGGUUGAAACCUGAAGCUUUGGCCUCAAAUUUAUAGAUGGGAAUCACUACACAUCACAGCUACACAAUCUUCCUGCCUCUUCUCCAAGAGAUUGAAGAUACACCAUCUUCUGUAACUACCAAACAAUGUCCUUCUCAGGAUUUGCCUGGGCUCAUCAUGGCUAGAUUUGAUUGGUGGGUUGAAUAAAGAAAGGGAGAGGCACUAAAGAAACAUUUCUGGAAUGCAUCCACAUUGAGAUUUUGGACCAUAUUAAUAAGAUGGGCCUGUACCUCCUCAGGGAUGUUUAGUUUAUGGAGAACUGUAGUAGAAACUGUAAUACAACUAUAGAAGCAGCCCUUGGCAAAAGCAAGCCAUGAAAAUGUGCUGAUGUGGCAGACAUUCUGGCUCUAAUCUAGUUUAGACAACUCCACAAUAGAAAGAAAGAAAAGCUACUUUAAGGCAUAAAAUCCCACCCGUCUCAAGGUUGCCAAGGAAGGGGAAAUUGUUCUUUCUUUUGUGUAAAGGAUCCAUCAAUUUGGGGUUGCAUUGUGGGUGCCUUCAGAUGAUUCCAGAUGUCCUUGAUAUCAAGGCAAUGCAUAUAAGCUGCAAUUUCACAUUAUAGCAGUUGCCACUGAAAUCUUUCCAGCCAUUCACUUUGGAAUAAUGAAGAAUAAGACUAGCAUCGUGAUUGAUG